AUGGCGUUCAACAACGAGGACCUGCCGGCCUACGUGCACGGCGAUCUCACGGCCUAUCUCAAGCUAAGCGGCAUGCGGCCGGAAAACAGGGACCAGCUGCGGUGCAUCCAGCAGCGUCUGUUCUCGCUGCAGCUGGCGGAGCCCUACAGGGCCAAGGAGAACGUUGAUGUGCUCCUGGUCACCAACACCAACACCACCCACGAGGAGGUGAAAGCGUGGGAGCGUUUGUUGGCCAAUGUGGGACUGCCCAACGUCACUUCUUGGAAUCUGUCGCUCUACGAGGGCGUGUCGUUCACCUACCGACGUCUCGAUGGUGGCACGCUGAUUGAAGACAUGAAGGGCAAGCUGGUGAUCUUCCUCAACAACAACUACACGCGCGGCGCCGAGGACUCCAAGGAGGCCAUCACCGACCUCCCCGCUCGCUGCGGCGUGACCAGCACGCCGAGCGCCGAGCUGAAGGGCCUGCGCCGGGAGCGCAUGAGGGCCGAGAGGAGGACCGCGCGCGACCACCUCCUCAGCGAGUUCGUGCGACCGGCCAGCGGCGUCGCUCCUGGAUCGCAGUACGUGCAGGACAACUGGUUGAAGGUUGGCAAGGUCAUGACCAAGGCCGACUUCGAGGCGCGGCGGCCGCAGGAGCAGCCCGACGUGGUGCUCAAGGAGGUGCGGAGCGUGUUCAAGAGCGAUGAGGAGCGCGAGCGCGCCAUCGGCAAGCUGGAACGGUUCCGGGAGGGCAUCAAGAAGAGCCUCCAGAGCCACGACACCACCGUCGGCAAGGGCAAGGAGCGCAUCUAA